AUGGUUUCCAAAUCCAAGCCCAUUGCCAUUGUCGGAGGCGGUGCCUUCGGUCUCUCGACAGCCCUCCAUCUGGCUCGGGAUGGAUAUAACAACAUCUCCGUCUUUGAGCAAGAUGACCAGAUCCCUCCUCGCCCCUCCGCUGCCAAUGACCUGAACAAAAUCGUGCGCGCCGAGUAUGAAGAUCCGUUUUACACGGAUUUGACCAUGCAAGCGAUCGCCGAGUGGAAAACUCCCCUCUUUGCUCCACACUUCCACCAGACCGGCUUCCUGCAUUGUGUCUCGGGAAAAGCCCCCGAGCGAGCGGUUGAGACUCUCAAACGCUUCCAGGCCUCCGCCAACCGCCACCCAGAGCUCAAACCACACGUCCUUCCGAUCGAAAAAGACGAGGACAUCCGACAACGGUUCUGGCAGUUUGACGGUCAGUUCCCCGGUUGGAACGGAUACUUCAAUAGCUUUGAUGGUUACGCACAUUCGGGCAAUGCCUUGAAAGCAGUGUACCGGGAGACCCAGAAGGCGGGGGUCCGCUUUUUCCUGGGAGAGCAUGGCGCCGUCGCUGAAGUGACCUACAAGGAUGGCAAGAGCACAGGCAUCCGGACGAGGAACGGUCGCUUCCACCCUGCGGAGCUCGUUAUUGUCGCGGCUGGGGCUGCCGCCGCCAAAUUAGUGCCAGCCAUCGGGUCGCAAGUCGUAGCCAAAUCGUGGUCGGUCGCACACGUUCAUUUGACAGAGGAGGAGACAUCAGCGCUACGAGGCAUCCCCAUCACCUACGCGCGCGAUCUCGGGUUCUUCUUUGAGCCCGAUCCUGUCACGCAGCUCUUGAAGUUGUGUCCGAUGGGCGGUGGAUACGUCAACACGGAUCCUGCCACCGGCGUGUCGCACGCCCCAUCCGUAUCGGACAGCGCCUUCGUGCCCCCUGAGGAUGAAGCCAAGAUCCGGCAACUACUGGCACACACGCUCCCCGCGUUGGCCAACCGGCCGCUGGUGAAGAAGUCCCUGUGUUGGUUUGCGGACACCAGCGACUCGGACUUCAUCAUUGACUACGUUCCGCAUACCUCGUCCUCGGUGGUGCUGCUGUCGGGUGACUCCGGACAUGGGUUCAAGAUGUUUCCUCUGUUCGGCCGCUGGGUGAAGGCCCUCCUGGAGGCCUCCGACCAGCAACAGCCUGUUCCACGCUGGCGCUGGAAGGAGCCCCAGCAAAGUGGUGAUGGCAAAUGGGGUGACGCAGUCAGUUGGCGGAUCGGGUCGACCAGAGAAUUCAAAGAUAUUCAACCUGGCAAACCGAAGCUUUGA